UCCAGUGGCAGGUGGCCCCUUUGGCAUUCCCAGGGCAGCCUCUGCUCCGCCCCAGGCGCGACUGGCUGUUUCUCCGCUGUGUCCUCAGUGUGGUGAAGGGAAAAGACCAGCCAUGCAGCCAGCUCAGGGCCGGGUGUCCUUCGAAGAGGUGGCUGUGCAUUUCUCCAAAGGGGAGUGGAGCCUGCUGAGCCCAGCGCAGAGAGCCCUGUACAAGGAAGUCAUGCUGGAGAAUUUUGGGAACGUGGCCUCUCUGGGGCCUGAGGUUGCCAAGCCUGACCUCAUUUCCAGGCUGGAAGGAGAAGAAGAUCCGUUUCUCCGGAUCUCUGAUGCAGAAGAGGGAUUGGCAGGAGGCAUGUGGAGGUCAGCGAAUGAAACAUCUGAGUGUCCAGGGAUGGAUAAAGGGGAUAAAUAUUCAGAUGCAAAAGGGGAAGUUGAAAAUUCUGAUUCCCUGAGGAAGGAGGAGAGAAAACGUCUGUCUAAAGGAAGGAGUGAUUCUGAUCUUUUACAAGGUGAAUACGCUCACGAAAUCCAGGUACUUGAAAAAAUGUACAUAGAAGGCAAUAGAAAUGAGGGCACAGCAAUGUGGAAAAAGCUUCAGUCGGAGUGGAAACCUUAA